ACCUAAACUUGUGAUUCUUAGCAACGUCGAUCAUGAAACUACAGUCUGGCAAUAUGCCCUCCAACACAAGGGUGAAAUGGGGCUGUCAAUUUUUCUCUUUGAAAUUCAAGUUUUUCCCCUUCCUUCUCUUCUCUCGCGAUUUUGCUAAAAACUUCCAUCCGUAUUCGUUUUUGGUUGGUGGUACCAGGGACAAUCCUCGCUGAUGCGUCAGUGCGUUUUGUUACCUGUUGAGCCUGUUUCUGUAUGAACCUACCAUAGACCGUGUUGAAUCCUUCAUUUUGUCAUUCCUUUUCUUUACCAAAAACAGCUUUUAAAAAUAUCUUUCCCGUACGUUUAUUGUCUAUUUUUAUGUCAUCGUCUCAUAAUUAGCCCUCUUCUUAUCAACUAGACAUCAUGUCUGAACGGACACCACUUCUUGGGUCGGAUCAUGAGAACCAAAGUUAUGGAUGUUCUUCUCGUGAUACAGCCGAGACUUCUGGGCAGGAUGGAGAAGUAGCAAUCAUCUGCAAAGAGCUCUCCUUCGCAAGACUCGCUAUGAUCAUGAGCACAGCCUGGCUUGGCGUUUUUCUCGGAGCAGCCGAUACGACCGUUAUCGCUACCCUGUCUGCCCAGAUCUCCAGCGAAUUCAACUCUCUGAGUCUCCUGUCCUGGCUUGCUACGGCAUAUCUGAUAGCCAAUGCUGCUAGUCAGCCAAUCUCAGGCCGUCUCACUGACAUUUUUGGUCGUGGACCUGGCUUGGCAUUUAGCAAUAUUGCCUUUGCAGUGGGAAACCUCAUAUGUGGCCUUGCUACUAGCCAGAAGGUGAUGAUACUCGGAAGAGUCAUUUCUGGGAUCGGCGGUGGGGGUCUUAUGAGUAUACCAACCUUCCUAGGCUCAGAUCUCGUCCCUCUUCGGAAGCGUGGAUUGGUAGGAGGUAUUGCAAACAUCUGGUAUGCUUCCGGCGCUAUGAUCGGUGCUUUAUCUGGUGGCUUCUUGAAUGACUAUACCAGCUGGGGAUGGAGAAUGGCUUUUCUCAUUCAAGUCCUUCCUUCUCUCUUCUCAGCCAUCAUCGUGUACAGCUUGAUCAAAGUUCCACCGAAACAGUCUGACAAGUCAUAUGUCAAGCGUAUUGACUUUGGUGGCGUCUUUUUGGUUUCUACUUUCCUGGCAUCCCUCGUCUUAGGUCUGAGCUCUGGAGGAAACAUAGUCCCUUGGCUGCAUCCCUUGCCUAUAGCAGCCAUUUCAGUCUCGAUAUUAUUAUUCUCAACCUUCGUCAUCUGGGAGCUGAGAGCUUCUCAGCCCAUCAUCCCUGUCCGGCUUCUUCUCAACCCUACAGUACUUGCUUCUUGCUUAGCUAGCGUCUUUUGCUCAGCUAUUGCUCUGACCAGCAUCUUUUAUGUCCCUCUCUAUCUUCAAGCCCGUGGGGAUUCCGCCACUAACGCCGGUUUGAAGAUAUUACCGGCAUCAGUUGGCACAUGUCUCGGAGGACUCGUGCCCGGUUACCUCAUGAAGAAGACCGGCAAGUAUGUAGGACUGGUGGCAAGCAGUAUUCUUGCUCUGAUCAUAGGUACUGGUAUAUUCGCACUUCAAGAUGACACCACUCCAACUUGGAUGACUUGCCUAGCCUUUUUUAUCGUUGGUCUCGGUUACAAUGCCGUCUUCAGCAUCACGCAGGUCGCUUGCGUAGCGGCAGUAGGUCACGCACAACAGGCCGUUGUCACAUCCACCACAUACCUUGCACGAAGCUUAGGCGGUACCAUUGGAAUAACACUUGCCUCCGUCUUAUACCAAUCAAGCCUAGACAUGAGCUUGUGGGCACGGUUCGGCCAUCAGCCUAAUGCGACGGAUGAGAUUCGGCGUAUAAAGGAUGACCUGACCGAGAUUCAUCGUCUGCCGGAGGGCUGGUACAGCGGAGUAAUGGAGUCACUCAUGCAAGCUUUUGGACAUGUUUGGUUGAUGAUGCUGGCUUGGGCAGUGCUAGCAUUGAUCUCUAUCUCGCCGAUCAAGCAGCACAAGCUUUUCAGUACAUUGGAUAGAAAAUGAACAACGGUAUAGAGGGUGAACUUGGAGCAAAAUGCGGUUCGAAGUUAUCAACAUCACAGAACCAGUUAUCAAAGCACUAAUGUCAUAUGGGCGUAUAUAUACUUCCAGUCACAAGUCUCAACUGCAAAUAACAUAUCUAGCUCACUAUUUAGGCAUGAUAUUAAAAUUUCUAACUAAUUACUACAGCAAA